AUGGAGAGCAGCAGGGGCAGCAGCUCGCUGUACGUGACCCCCAGAGGGGUUUCGACGGACGAUAUGGAGGCAACCAAUAUCAGUUUGCGGCACUUUUACAGCGGCCAGAACGUUCAAAAGGAGGCUCCAGAGCAGAAGCAGCAAGGUCCUUCACAGGAGCAGCACUGGGUAGACCAACAGCAGUGGGAGCUAGAGCAGCAGCAGCAGUACCAACAAUACCAGCAACAGCAGCAGCAGUACGGUUAUCCACAGUGGCAGCAAGGCGAGGGCGAUUCAGCCUUGAUGAAUGCGGACGCGCUAAACCAGGCUGCAAUGCAGCAACUGCAGCAGAACACGGUAGAAACAGAAGACCUGAGUAAGAUGGUGGGUGAGGGCGAGUGGCAGCGUCCCCCGGCAACUUCACCUUCGUGGGACUACACAAGAGCUCUCUCCUCGUACACUGGAUUCACUUCGAAGAGAUUUGACAAGGAGUGCUCAAAGCUUGGAAUGGAAACCCAGACAUCAGGCAUACAAAUGCGCAACUCAGGCAUUUACGUGCCAGGAGUCACUCAGUGGAACGCAGUCACAAAUACUCCUGUGGAACCUUUGGGAGGAGAAGCGCGGGCCCUCGAGAGUCGAAAGUUUACCUUUGAUGCGACUUCUGGCAACUAUGUGAAUGCUCACGACCCAUCUGAACGUAUAUCUGCUGACCGCAUGCACGAGCUGCAAAAAGCUCUAUCGAACGCAGCAGUGGAGGAGACAGUGGUGGAUAUAAUGCGUAGAAGGUCCACUCUGCGCAAGAUGUCGAUGGCAUCGCGGCUGUUCCUAGAGCUCGAGAAAAAGAAGCUGUCUGCUAUUACUGUCAGUCUUUUCGUUUCUCCUCUCACAGGCAGAGACAAAAUCUUUCUGCCUGCUCUCGUUUGCUGUUUCAUUGGCAGAAGCCUCUUAGCAAGCAGUCUCAGAUGA